UGGCCCGGUGAUGCUCAGAUUUACAAUUCUACUCAAUUUCAUAAUCGUUUUUAUAACACACUUACAGUUGUGAUUUGUAACCAGAUAUACAGCGUUGGAAGAUUAUAUCAAUGUAAUGUCAGAGCUUUGGUUACAAGGAUAAAUAUACUUGUUCCAGUCCCGCAGCGGCUCAGGCGUAGCGUUUGAGAAAAGAGGUCGGGUGGACUUGCUGCACAAAAAGAACCCCCAUCUGCAACCUUCACCCCCACCAGCAAGUCAAAAUACUUACAGAGCAGUGACAAGCGCACUGUCCUUGCUCCUCUGGUUUGAUUCCCCUCCGACGCUGACUUCAUCCUUAAAGAUGAAGUUGAAGGAGGACAUGAACCCCCUGCUGUUGCAGGUCUUCCGCUCCGUGGUCUGGGUGUACUCCGUCAUCACCUUCAUACCCUGGUACUUCUUCUCCGGAACUGGCACUAGCUUGGAACAGGCUCGCAGGAUCAAAGCACGCUCAGUAAGCAAACACCCGGCAGGGCCUUACAGGGCCAUCAACAGCCAACAGAAGCUGGUGGCAUGGCUGCACCCUGGGGUGGACACCCUGGAUAAAAUGUUUGAACAUGCUGCUCAGAGGUUUCCACAGAGAGACUGUCUGGGCACCAGGGAGGUGCUCAGUGAGGAGGAUGAGCUUCAGCCUAACGGGAAGGUGUUCAAGAAGGUAAUUCUGGGGAACUACAACUGGCUGUCGUACGAGGAAGCCUACCAGACGGCAAAGUGUUUUGGCAGCGGUCUUGCAGCUCUCGGUCAGAGACCUCAGUGUAACAUCGCCAUCUUCUGCGAGACCAGAGCAGAGUGGAUCGUGGCGGCACAAGCCUGCUUCAUAUACAAUUUCCCACUUGUGACCCUUUACGCCACUCUUGGACCCAUGGCCAUCGCCCACGGUCUCAACGAGACAGAGGUCACACACAUCAUCACAAGCAAAGACCUGCUUCAGAGCCGGCUUAAGGCCAUACUGUGUGAUGUGCCAAGGCUACGGUAUAUCAUUGUAGUCGACAGUAAACCCAGAAGCUGGCCAGACAUCCCCAGGAACAUCAUGGUCUAUAACAUGGAUGCUGUGAAGGAGAUGGGCUCCAAGCCUGACAAUAUAGCAGUUGACCGCAAACAGCCACAGUCCUCGGACAUCGCCGUCAUCAUGUACACCAGCGGCUCCACAGGCAUCCCCAAGGGUGUCAUGAUCUCCCAUGGCAACAUCAUUGCUGGCAUCACUGGCAUGGCUGAGCGAAUCCCAAACCUCAAUGAGACGGACACCUACAUUGGCUACCUGCCGCUGGCCCACGUUUUGGAGCUCAGCGCCGAACUGGUGUGCAUCUCUCACGGCUGUCGCAUCGGCUACUCCUCCCCUCAGACUCUAGCCGACCAGUCCACUAAGAUAAAGAAGGGCAGUAAAGGGGAUACCAGUGUGCUGAAACCUACUCUCAUGGCUGCUGUACCAGAGAUCAUGGAUCGGAUCUACAAGAAUGUGAUGACCAAAGUGGAGGAGAUGAGCAAGUUCCAAAAGACCCUCUUUGUGCUGGCUUACAACUACAAGAUGGAGCAGAUCUCCAAGGGGUACAGCACGCCUCUCUGUGAUCGUCUGGUGUUCAAGCGGGUGCGCGCGCUCUUGGGAGGGAACACGCGGGUGCUGCUUUCUGGCGGAGCUCCGCUCUCGGCUGCCACACAGCGCUUCAUGAACAUCUGCCUGUGCUGCCCCGUGGGGCAGGGCUACGGUUUGACGGAGACCUGUGGAGCUGGCACCAUCAGUGAGAUUUGGGACUACAGCACAGGACGGGUUGGAGCACCACUUGUUUGUUCAGAGAUCACACUUAAGGACUGGGAGGAGGGUGGUUACUACAGCACAGACAAGCCCAACCCACGGGGAGAAAUUCUGAUCGGCGGGCCCAAUGUAACCAUGGGUUACUACAAAAACGAGGCCAAGAACCGCAAGGACUUUUUCGUGGAUAAGAAUGGCCAGAGAUGGUUCUGCACAGGAGACAUUGGAGAGAUCCACGCCGACGGAUGCCUCAAGAUCAUUGACCGUAAGAAGGACCUGGUGAAAUUGCAGGCAGGCGAGUACGUCUCUCUAGGAAAAGUGGAGGCUGUUCUGAAGAACUGCUCUCUCAUUGACAACAUCUGUGCCUACGCCAACAGUGACCAGUCGUAUGUGAUCAGCUUUGUGGUGCCGAACCACAAGCAGCUUAUGGCGCUGGCGGGGCAGAUGCAGGUGAGGGGCACAUGGGAGGAGAUCUGCAACAAACCUGAAAUGGAGAAAGAGGUCCUCCGCAUCAUUACUGAGGCUGCUAUCUCAGCAAAACUGGAGCGAUUUGAGAUCCCCAAGAAGAUCCGGCUGAGUUCUGAGCCCUGGACACCAGAGACAGGCUUGGUCACUGACGCAUUCAAACUGAAACGCAAGGAACUCAAAACACACUACCAGGAAGACAUUGAGAGGAUGUACGGUGGAAAAUAACACAGACACGCUCCAGACAACACAUGAACACGUACACAUAAUAUACUUGCACACAUACACAAGGAGCUCAGAAGCCACUUCCCAGGACAACUGGUAAGGAGAGGAGUUAUACGUAAGAUACAGGUAACACACACAAACACACACACUAAUAUAGACACACAAAGCAUCUCAUACACCUCCUCCACGGCUUCCUCGCGACCAGCUUCGAUCAAAGGAGGAGAAAUAACUCUCGAAUCCAGCUUAAUGCUCUUUGUCAAGACCAAAAGGCAGAAGGUCCCUCACAGACAACCGAAGCCAGCAGACCCGCGCUGUGCGACGCACUUAUCGCUCCUCUUUGAUGGAUUUUUUAGCCCUUUGAGUUGCUAUGACGACCGAGGCAGCACCCGAACUCGGACGUCUGUAUGACUCGAAGCAAAAGAAAAUGUCAGGCUAGACGAAUCUGGAUCAAUGUCAUUGUGCCCCCCCCGUUGCUUCUCUUCCUCUUCCCCUGCUCUCUGGAGCCUUCCACCAGUUCAGCAUGGUCGUGGACUUGUAGUGCAGAUACCUGGCAGGGAAAAUGGGGUAGCAUGAGCCUGAUUAGAGGGAUCCCUAGUGGGCUUUAAGUAACAUUCAGGUUGGAAUCUAUGCAGGGAUCUCUAUUAUCUUUAUUGUCUAUAUAUAUAUAUAUAUGUGUGUGUUGCUAUGUUUCCUUCAUGUUUGGUUUGUCAGCUUUGAAACCCAUUUGAUGACUGUUUUUUGUAUGUGAGGAAUCUGUGUUGUAAAGCCAUGAGAGAUUGUGUGUUAAGAUGUUUUAAGAUACUUUUUCUUACUGUUAUUUUUUGGUUGUAUUAUUCCGAGGGUUUAUUUUUCUUCAUCCUCUUGUUUUUUAUUGCCAUUUUGUUUAUGCUAAUUGUACUAUAAGUUUACAAGCGCUUUUUUUUUUGUCUUUUCCUCUCAUUAUUUGCCUGUGUCCCAAAGUUUGUACACUUGAUUGUGUGUUUACUGACUUGUCUUGUUGGGGCAAUCCAGUCUUCACUCCCUUCUGCUCUUGGCCUUUGCAGGAGGGUCAAACAUCAAUAGUAAAAGGCAUCCAUUGGGACUAUUUCUAUCCCUGCUCUUUGCCCCAAGUUUCAUUGUUCUUCAUAUCUGAGCAGGCCCUGGUUGCCUCUCAACCUGUGUCUUAUUGGCUUUUUUUUUUUUGGGGUGGGGGCAUCAUGGACUUACGGUAGCCCUGCCACAUCUGCAACACUUUCCUCCAGUCAUGACCAAUACGGUGCGUAUGGAUGUCUCCAAGGGAACUUAGCCUACCGUAGAAAAAUAGUUACCCUAGUUAGCCUGUCAUUGGUUGCUCUCUCGGUUACUCUUUUGGCGCAACUGUACAUGUUAUCCUUUUUGCCAUAGAUCUAGUUACUGUUACUUUUUAUCUUUUUUUUUCUUUUCUGAAUAUGAAAUACAAAAUGAAUGUGCAAUAUUUAUACACAGAACUUUUAAAGUAUGUAGGAAGGAUUAAAAAAAAAGAAAACGCACAGACAACAGCCCCUCCAUAGUGUAUGAAUGUUUAGGCAUGUUACUCUCCACUCCACUUCAUAAUGGAAGGUCUGUAGGAAAAUGAGCAUAGGAAUAAAUCAGAGAACGGUAGAGAGACACUGAUAGAGAAGUCUAGAUGUAGCCCAUUUGAACGUACUGUGCUGUAAUGUUCUUUAAUGAGACUGUAAAGUGAAAACGUAAUAUUUGGGUUGUAGAAAUUUGCAUGAUGAAAAGUGUGCGACUGUACCAAAGCACCUGAGAAUAUAUAGAUAUAUAUAUUUGAGAGAGCAACGAGAGAAUCACACUCCACUUGAACAACUGAAGAAAUUCCUUAUGAAUACUCUACUUAUAUAAUUGUGAGUAUAUAGCAUACGCUGACUUGACUUCAUAGAGUGAAAAUAACAUUUCUAUAUCUCCAAUUGGUUUAUGUGUAUGAUACUGUAUGUGCAAUGUAUGUGUCUCAUAUAUAUAUAUAUAUAUAUAUAUAUAUAUAUAUAUAUAUAUGAGAGAAAAGGGUCUACAGUUCUUGCAUUCUGUUAACUGCCAUUUAUUUGAACUCAUGUAUAACAGUAAGUUGUUGGUUUUCCAAUAGGUGGUGAUAUCCUGAGUGGCAUCAGUGAGUGACACUCUUGCUUCAGUAUUUAAUUUCCUCUAUUUAGGUUUAUGGACAGAAGAUUAAACAGUGUUCGGUCGGUCAGUGGUCUUUUGUAAGGGCGACGUCUUUCUUUCAGCCACCUCCUUCCGAAUGCAAACCCUGCUUUGCUUGUACUGAAGACAUAUAGCAUUAAUAAAGGUACAGUCAGAUACUCUAACAACCUCUUUAUCAGAUGUGUACUCGCUUAAAACAGAAGGGUUAUUUUAGCAUGUAGAAAUUUGACAAUACUAUCAUCACCUUCCUGUUUUGUUUUGUUUUUUUAAUUAACGUUUCUCUCUCCUGACGUUUCAGUGAAAAGUCAGUAGAUUACUGUGCUGUUUGCUGCUUUUCCUCUGCCUGGCAAGAGGCGGCUAGUUGCCUUCUGACACACAUAAGCUGUCUUCAGGGGUCUUAAGAAUGUGAAGCACUCCCCGCGUUCUGUUGAUCGCACACAUGCCGUGUCCUGCUAACAACAUCCAUUCGAACUAACGGCAAGGCAAAAACAGUGGGUGGUGCACAGAUGAAUUCCACCACUCCUGCUGUUUUCACUUGCAAUGUAAAUAUGUCGAAAGGGGAGGGGAUCAAUGAUCAAAGCUCAUUAAAACUACCAAUAACUGUACAGGUGUAAAGCCUCCUGUUAUAUUUAAUAAUCUUUGUUACUGACCAGUUUUUUGGGGCCUCCACCUUGUUUUGUGUGUUUAAGUGGCCCUGCGAGCCGGGCUAUUGCAAGUGUCUCCUUCCUUAUUUAUUUGUGAUUUGGCCUUGAAAAUUAUGUAAUGAAAUAAAGAAACAAGUUUGUG